AUGGCAGAAUCCCACGUCCUUCAGACCUUGCUGGUUUAUUUCUUCCAGCUGGCAUGGCCUUUUUUUGGUGUGGAGGCGCGAGGAUCCGUGGUCGUGCAGAGGUGGGAGGACAUCCAAGCGAUCAUGAGAUCUGCUGAAGAUGGAUCCUGGAAGCCCUUACCUCUUCGGACUCCAAGGAUGUCCUUCAAGAUGCUGCUGGAUGCCUUGCUUCCGAAGAAAGGCUCUCGGAACUACUUCGCAGUGAAUGUAGGAGCUCGGGAGGGGCUCUUCCAUGAUCCAGUUUAUCCACUCUUUGCAGAUGGCUACGGAGGUCUCGCGAUAGAAGCCGACCCUCAGUGGUACGAAACUCUCACGGCCAACCUGGCAGAAGUUAACAGCAGCAAGGCUGUUUUCAUCGUUAAGGAGAAAGCCCAGCCCUACACCAUGAAGGAAGUGUUGGACAGGUUCCAGACACCACUGGAUUUUGAUUGCCUCAAGAUCGAUAUCGACAGUAUAGAUCUGCCGAUUUUGCAGAGCAUUUUGCAAACUGGAUACUCUCCCAAGAUGUUCAUGAUCGAAGUGAACUACGACUUUCCGCCACCUUUCCAGUUUGCGCUCGAGUUUGAUCUGGAGUGUAAGGCGAAAUUCUCUGAAGGGACCUUUGGCGCAUCUCCCGAUGCAAUCUUCCGGGAGGCUUCUUUGCGCGGCUACUCGCUAGUGGCAUUUGAGGCGAUGGAUCCAGAAAGCGAAACGGUGUAUCAUGAGCACAACAUGUGGUUCGUGCGCAAUGACCUGUUGGGACGAAGUGCCCAUGACCCGGCUGUGACUUGGCGUGGCAUGGUGCGCAUGUACUGGGCGCAGUUUGCGAUGCUGCCAUGCCUUCAUGUGGGUUUCUAUCUGUCCACUGGAAAAUGGAUGUGCCCGAAGCACCAGAUCAGAGAAAUCUUUACCGAGCUGGGAGGCAAUCACACGAGCUGGCCACUAGCGAAGAUGUCACACUACCUUUCGCAACGGGCAGCAAGAUCGAUGUUCUAUCUGUCAUCUUGGCGACACCAGCUGGAGAGGCGUGGUUGCACCAAAGCCUGUCGGAUCUCAGUUGCGGUGACAAGAACCGACUGA